AUGCUCUACAAAGAUUACCGUCAAAAUAGCUGUUACAGAAUUAUGUUUGGAGUCUGUAUAGCGGAUAUUUUUCAAUUAUUAGCAAAUGGACUUUUUAUUUUGCUUGGACUCCUUAAUUUUGAUUUUUCUGAAGAGUUUGAAAAGGUUGGAAUUUUGGAUCAUGUUUCAGCUUUUUUGAAACAUGGUUCAGAUUUUUUGAAGCAUUCUUUUGAGUCCUUGAAACAUGCUUCUGAUUUACUGAAGCAUGCUUCAGCGUGUUUCAGGGUUUCUCAAAUGUGCUUCAGCAUUUUUGAAACAUGCUUUAGGUUAUCUGAAGCAUGCUUCAGCAUUUUUGAAACAUGCUUUAGGUUAUCUGAAGCAUGCUUCAGCAUUUUUGAAACAUGCUUUAGGUUAUCUGAAGCAUGCUUCAGCAUUUUUGAAACAUGCUUUAGGUUAUCUGAAGCAUGCUUCAGCAUUUUUGAAACAUGCUUCAGAUAAUUGUUUCACAUUUUAUUUUCAUACUUAUUUUUAGUGGGGAGGUGGUAUAAACGCUGCAAGUUGGAAUAUUCUGUUCUUUUUACAAUUACUAUUGGCAUUGAAUCGUUGCAGUGUUGUACUUAAAAAUUGCUUUUUGAUUUCAAUAAAAGAGCAGGAACUGCCAUGGGAGCGUCGAUUAUUCAAUGUAAUAUAAAGG